UCUAGAAUGGAGUGGAAAGGAAGAAUCCUGGUCCAGUUCUUAAUGCUAGUGUGUGUGUUGGAGCUUAGUCUUUGUCAGCACUGGUCAUACGGUUGGCUUCCAGGAGGAAAGAGAAGUGUUGGUGAAGUGGAGGCAACAAUCAGGAUGAUGGAUGCUGGUAACACAGUUCUGACUAUUCCUGCAAAAUCUCCUAUGGAUCAGCUUUCACCAAUACACAUAGUGAAUGAGGUGGAGACUGAAGGUUUGCCUCUGAGAGGACAGAGAUUUCCCAACAGACGAGGAAGAGUGUGAAUGAUGAAGAUGAUUCGUUGGAACCAAUGAGAAUGCAAUUAUGUCCAUG